AGGAACUUGCUUGUCUCAGGAAACAGAGUGAGCUGUAAAAAAAAAAAAAAAAUCUGAACCCUGGUGCGAGAGGAUCCAAACCGAAUAACAAGCAUGGAGGUGGACACUGCUUUUAUCAAAUCCAAGAGGGGGGUCCUGAAAGUAGCAGAGAUGGGGACUUUGUUUGUGGCCUUUGUGUGUUUCACAGCAGCAUCCAGCCCAAAGUUCAUUACAGCCACAGUUUUGGAGUUGGUGAUCACUUCAUUUCUGUUGUUGCUGUACAUGUUGAAACUCAACAAAAGGCUGACCCUCUUCUUUUGGCCUCUCAUCGAUGUUUUUAAUUCAGCAUUUGCAGCCCUGUACUUGAUUGUCUUAAGCAUCGUGGCUGUGACUACAUACUCGGUCACAGGCACACUCGUUGGAGGGAUAGUUGGUUUCCUCUCAGCUGUGCUGCUGUGUGUGGACUUCUACGUGCUUCUCAACAACAUCACAUUCAACAAACCGAGGAGCGACAAACAGAGUAAAGAGAACCCGGGAAUGCAUCAAUGACAUGUAUACACCGUGUGGCUUGUUCCAAAGCCUGUGCCCGUGUCCAGCACAUUGUAAUGUCAGUAAUUCUAAUUGAUAAUGCGAAUUGUUGUUUGAAAAAAUGGUCCGAUAUUUUUGAUUGACACAAACUUGAAUGUUAAACCCUCGAUAUCAAUAAACUACUUUCCUUUGCUUGGUUA